AAUAACAGUUUAAAAAAAUUAGUAGAAAAAAUUUCGUUGAAAAAAUUAAGCAAAGCAACAACAAAAAUAAAUUGUAGAAAAUUUUAAUCGAAAAAGUUCAGCAAAGUAACAACAACAAGUAAAAAUUUUUAGAAAAAAUUUAAUUGAAAAACUUCAACAAAGCAACAACAACAAACACACACAACAUGCGGAAUAUACACUUUCACAUCGUGACCAAAGUGCUGCUGCUCAGCUUUAUUUUCACCACCACACAGCUAUCGUCAACAGCGUCGCAAGCUGCCGAAGUGGAGGAAGACUGCCCGCCCAUCUCGAACGCUACAAACUUACAACAAACACAACUAAUCCAGCGGUUAACGCAUGUAUGCCGUUAUGAUCGCCUAGAACGGCCAAUCGAAUAUGGCAUGAAUGGUGAACGUUUGCCCGUUACCGUUAAGGCGCGCAUCUACGUGUACUUUUUGCAAAAUCUAAAUUCCGACUUGUUGCAAUUCAAAAUGCACGCGUUGCUGCAGCUAAGCUUCAACGACAGUCGUCUGGCUUACAAAGAGUUGAAGCGACACGACAACAUCAUCGGACAGAAACAUUUGAGCGAACGCCUGUGGCUGCCGCACAUCUUCUUCGCCAACGAACGUGACUCCAGCAUUUUGGGUACGGAUGAGAAGGAUGUUUUGACCUCGAUAUCGCCGGAAGGACGGGUCGUCAUUUCGCAGCGCUUGCAGGCAACGCUCUAUUGUUACAUGAACUUCAAGAAGUUUCCGUUCGAUGAGCAAUUCUGUUCAACCGUGUUGGAGAGUUGGAUGUACAACAAGACGGAAAUGGUGCUCAAAUGGGAGCCUUACUCGCCGAUUUCGUUCGAUCCGGAAAUGCACCUAACCGAAUAUAAUAUGCAAGGCUUUUGGUAUAAUGAAACGAUUGUCAACUCGGAUGGUAUUAAUUUGCGACAUGGAUCUUUCGUUGGCAAUUAUAGUUCUCUCAGUUUUACGGUACAUCUUAGCCGUGAAACCGGUUUCUAUUUGCUGGACUAUUUCUUGCCCUCAAUGAUGAUCGUUGCAAUUUCGUGGGUUUCAUUUUGGUUGCAGGCCGAUCAAUCUCCUCCUCGUAUAAUGUUAGGUACCAGCACUAUGUUAUCAUUCAUAACGUUGUCCUCAUCCCAAACGAAAACCUUACCCAAAGUUAGUUACAUAAAAGUGUCUGAAAUUUGGUUUCUCGGCUGCACAUUCUUCAUCUUCGGCAGUUUGGUGGAAUUUGCCUUUGUCAAUACGAUUUGGCGACGCAAAGAGAAUGUUGAAUUGAAGAAAGUGAACAGUAAAUACAUAGUGAAGGCCUCACUAACACCGCGUCCAACCAGACGCGAUAUAAAUAAGAAUAAUCUGUCGCGCACGCGCUCCUGCUCCAGUCUCGAUAAUAUAACAUCCAGCACGGAAAGCGUAUUGAAGGGUAAUUCCAAUCCGGGUUACAACAAUUACCUAACUGUACAUAAUCUACCGAUUAUCACCACCGAGUGCGCAGACACUGCGUCCGUGACGAGUGAGCGCAAUAGCAACGGUACGGAUCAUGUCAUUAAUAUCGAUAAAACUGGAACGUACGGCAUGAACGAUAAGGAGAAGGAGGCAAAUCCUGAUCAUACAACAUUUACAACAAUGACACCACAAGAGAUCGCCAUGUGGAUCGAUCGGCGUUCACGUUUCCUAUUUCCGGUUAUGUUUUUGGCCUUCAAUGCGCUCUACUGGACAUUUGUCUACUGCUUUUGACACAAUCCAAACGAGCAUGCAUACGCACACAUACACGCAUAUUUUUAUAAGAACAUUGUAGUAUUAUUUAGCAAAUAACAUAUAUAAAUACCAAAUAAUAUUUUUAAGCUAGCGUUUUAUAUAAGCAAAUACAAGUAUUUAUAUAUUAUGUAUGUGUACAUACAUACAUACAUAUAAUAUGUACAUAUGUAACUAACUCUGUAGAUAAACCGAUAAUAUACUUUAUAUAUGUAAACGUCCAUAAGGUCUCAUCCAACGUUCGCCAAUGCAACAUUUAGCUAUGCCUUUGCCUGCAAAACUAGUCACUAAGUCAGCUAAAACACACACACAUAUUCACACUUAAAUACAUAUGUGCAUAGUUGCAUAUGUAUGUAUAUAUUUAUAAGUUUCAUUCAUUUGUACUUAAUUGCAUGAAGGCAUUCAACAAAA